AUGGCGGUGCUGGACGAGGCAGGCCAGUCCACUGAAGCCCUGGCCAUCACUUCCAAUGGCCUCGCGGCCAUGGGCAUGGGCCCGUCGGUGCUCAGUAGGCUCCAUGCCUCACCCGGCCCCUGCGACCACGACGACGUGCUCCUGGGCAGGUGCCACGAGGUGCACCCAUCCCUGCUGCAGUGGGCCUCGGACUGCUUCUACGACGGUCCGCUCCCGGGAGGGCCGACAGACCCGGCCAAGGGCAGAGACCCAUGCUCCGAGGACUCCGAGCAGGCCUGCGCCGCCCGCGGGAGCCCACCCGACAGCCCGACCCUCGGCGCUGACAAGUGGCGCAACCCCGCCCACGGCGCGCAGCUUGGCGGCCACCUGCGGGUACUGCUCGCCCACACUGACUCCGCCGAAGCCUCCUGCAACCACGUGGAAAGCACGGCGAACAUCAGGGAGGCCGCGGUUGUGUGCGACUCGGUUGCCGCAGCUGCCCCUGACCUAAUCGCUCGCAACAAGCAGCUCUUCGUCAUCACAGGCUACCGUGCCAGCAUGGUGGCGCUGCGCCACGGCCACCCGCUCCGUCCCGGCGCCUUCCUCGAGGCAUAUCACGACCGGCGCCAGGGCAAGUCCACUGGCAAAGGAUCAACGCCCCCCAGCACACCUCGCGGAGGCAGAGGCGGCUCCCCGGGUCCUUGCGAGUCCGCCUACCGCCAGCGACCGACACAGCAGAACGGACUCCUGCACGCCUUCUCCGCGCUCGAAGCGCGGUGCCCAGAUCUCUCCGCCAAGAACAUCGUCAGCAUCAGCUCCGUCGACGGGUGCCAGGGUGACAAGGCAGCGUUGGUCAUCUUCUUCACCACCCCCGCGAUCCCGACCAACGAGUGGGGGUUCAUGGACGACGCCCGACGCACCAACGUCGCCAUGACAAGAGCCCAGGAAGGCCUCAUCGUCGUCAUGAACGGCAAGAUGCGCAAGGCAGUUGGCGAGACCCAGUUCAACACUCUCGCCGACUGGGUCCUGGACGCAAGCGCCUGGCUCGACGGGCACACGGCCUUCGACCACUGGCAGCUCCAGAACGGAUGGGCAGACAGCGCAGUCAGCCCCGCGGAGACGAAGGCGAUACUAGCUGAAGGCAAGCUCAAGGCCUGGUUCAGGCAGAAGCGAAAGGCACGAGAACAGCAAGCCCUGGGCUUCGCCACCGUCUACGACACCCCGCUCCCGGACAACUUCGAUGGGGACGGGCUGGGUGACGACCUGGCCGCUGGCGUUGCCGCCCUGCUGGCAGACCCGGCCUUCUUCCCGGUCCUCAACUAUGUCUUGGGCCUGCACCAACACCUGCACGGUCUGAGGGGCGCCCCGGCCAACCUCCACGAGCACAGCCGCAAGUUGGUCAGCCACGACGGUUACCUUUUCGAUCUUGAGCGGGGGGUCGAAAAGACCAACUACGUCUACACGGCAACCUGGACGCGCCUCGCUUACAUGGCCGGCCUUCAGGCCACAUGCCGGGACGCUCGCGUCGCCCCUGAGCACAGGCAGUUCUUCCAAGGACCUGACGGACAACCGCUGCCCAGCGCCUGGGCGAUGAGCUCCCUGGUCAUGAUACUCUUCGUGGUCUGCGAGCCCAAGCCUCCCAAUGCCCCAUAUUCCAAGCCUGGCCAGAUCGGAGACGUGCUGGAGCGAAUCCUGUUGCGGAAGACCAUAGACAGCGCCGACGGUAAGUGGUCGAAGGCCGUGCUCAAUUGGACGCCGAGCGGAUUGCGAGCGCCAGGUUCCCGCAGCGUACAGAUCUGGGCACGAGCUGCCGGCGACGGAUCGGUUUGCAUUGCGCAGUACGCCUACGAGAUCGGCGCGCUGGCGGCGCCGCGUGAGGGCGCGGAGCGUCACGCUGUCGGGCGGCCGCCGGCCAAGGGGGCGGGACCUCGGCCGCAAGGGCCGCGCGCCCCGCCGCGGGCGCCUAGCACAGCGCCCGGCUGGGCCCUCAGCGCCCCGCAGCGUGCGGCGCGCGGCCGCGUGAGCCGACGCUGCGACGCACGCCCCGCGGGCGGCCGCAAGCGCACUCGCCGGCAGCAGCGGUCCUGGGCGAACGGGGCGACGAGCGGCGCCUUGCGGCCAGAGGCCAAUCCCCGGCCGCCGCCGCCGCGCGUGCUGCAGCGGUGGUUGAUGCCGAUCGAGGCGCUGGCCUUGCAGGGCUUCCCGCUGGGCGACGAGCUCCUGCGCGGGGCCCUCUCCGGGCUCAGCGACCAGGACGUGCUGCUCGGGGCUGGCAACGCCAUGAGCGUCCCCGUCGUCGCCGCGGUGCUCGCCGACGUGCUGGCGAAGACAGGCGUCGGCCGCCAGGGGCUGCCGCCGGGGCGGGCGCCGUCCUGGGAGGCCCCGCGGGGCGAGACGUGGGACCUGUCCGACUCGGAGGAGGACACCGCUGCCGCGGGCGCCGCGGGUCCGGGUCGGCUGUUCCCCGCCUGCAGGUGCUGGCUGCACCUGGAGCACCUGCCCGACGGCCCCGGGCGGCCCGCGGGCGCCUGGACGCUCCACGCUCGGGGCCGGUGCUUGCUCCUCGGCAGGAGGGUCGAGGAGCAGGCAUGCUCGCUGCGUGGACAGAUGGCGGCGGCAGGACACUCCCGCGCGUCGGCGGACUCAGGCGCCGCGUGA